UCAGUAAUAGAUGAUGAAGACUCUAGUUCUUACAUUACUAUUAAUCGGUGGAGCAUUUGCAUUCCGUACUCAAUCGACUGGAGUCAAAGGUAGACUCAUGUGCGGAAGUAAACCAGCUGCUGGUGUGAACUUGAAACUUUUUGAUGAAGAUAAUGGCCCAGACCCAGACGAUGUAUUGGAUCAAAAAACAACCGAUGACGAUGGAAACUUUCUGUUGUCUGGGUCUUCAAUGGAGCUGACACCAAUUGAUCCAGAACUAAGAAUUUUCCAUGACUGCAAUGAUCAAGGAAGCCCUUGCCAACGAGAAUGGGUUAUCCGGAUACCAGCAAAAUACAUUACUAAUGGGCCAGAAGUGAAGGAAAUCAUGGAUCUAGGAGUUUUAAAUUUGGAGAUCGAAUUGGACAACGAAAGUAGAAGCUGUGCUCACUAACUGAAUAAUGUUCAACUUUAACAAAUAAAUAUGGUUCUU